AUGCUGCAAUCUGAGCACUGGGACAAGCUGCAGAAGCACGAUUACUUCAAGGAGGAUCUGAUUGGCGACAUCGAGACGAUGUACAUCGAGCAACGCGCCAAAUUGUUGGAGAUCGAGAAGUCAUUAACUGCCUCGAGCUCAUUCGACGAGAGCAAAGCGAAGGUCAAACCCGCCAGUCAGCGCAAAGUUUUCCCUCGUAUACAGCUGCCGCAGUUUUCAGGGCGAUUCGAGGACUGGCCGGCAUUCCGGGACUUAUUCCAGUCCAUUGUCGCGCAGGAGACCUCCCUGUCGAAAGUGGAGAAACUACAUUAUCUAAAGACCUGCGUGAAAGAUGAUGCUGAGCAGCUCAUUAGAAACAUACCAUCAACGGAAGCUAAUUUCAAUCGCGCAUGGGCCGAACUAACCGACCACUUCGAGAACAAACGAUUGUUGGUUCAGUCUUACCUCCGCUUCAGUCUUACCGCCGCCUUCACUGCACUGCCAAAAAUGAAGUCAGACUCCGCGGCAGACCUCCGUCGAAUAUUUCAUGGCGUGGUGUCCAUCGUCGGAGCUAUUGAGGGUAUCAACCGACCUAUAACCAACUGCUCAGAUCUGUUCAUCCAUCUGGCUGUGGAACUGUUCGACUUCAAAACGCGACGUGAUUGGGAAAAUUCCCUCGGACGAUCAGCAGUACCACCGUCGUACGAGGAGCUCAAGGACUUCCUUCAGGAGCAGGUAGUGACACAGGAGGUUCUUGAGGCUGCGAAGACCGAUCGGGUGUCCGCCGGGAGAUUCUCUACUCGCAACCACCACGCCAGGAAGCCAGGACAGGAGUUGAGCCGUUUGUGCCCAGUCUGUGAGCAGAACCACUUCAUAAUAGUAUGUCCCCAGUACAAACAGAAAUCCGCAGCAGAGAGACGAGACAUCGUGAUCGCUCAUCGUCUGUGUUUGAAUUGCGGCAUCAGGCAAAUGACUGCUCGUCUCAGCGUUGCUGCGUUAAAUGCAACUCUCGCCACCACACCUCGCUCCACGAGGCGUUCGCAAACGCGAGUCCCGCUGCCGCCGUACACGUCGCAAAACCACCGCCAGUGGACUGCACGACAAUCUUACUCGCGACCGCGCGCGUCCUCGUGUGCGACAACUUCGGUGUGCAACAUUCCGUCCGCGCACUCAUCGACUCCGGAUCGGAAACCUCAAUGGUCAGCGAGUCGCUGGCUCAGCGGCUCCGACUGCUCCGUACUCCGACGUCCGUCGCUAUCUUCGGGAUCGGUGGCCAACAGACUGGUGUGGCUCGCGGACGCGUCUCAUUCACGUUCGCAUUGCGCUCGGCUGCAUUCCGCGUCAAGAUUUCCGCGCUCGUAUUCCCGCGACUGA